AUGGAAAGAAAUACUGAUUUCUCUCGUUACUUUCCAAUUGAAUCAAGAUUUAAUAUUAUCGAGUUAUGUAUAUCAAUUCUUUCUAUGCUUACUGUUUUUAUGGGGAUAGUUACUUCUAUUGGAGGAAUCAUUCAUAAUGAACAUGUAUUUAUUAUUCGUUUUGUUACUUGUUGUUAUGGUGUAUUACUAUGUUUUAUUUGUUUUAGCCAUUCUCUUUGUUCUGUAAUAAUAAGAAGAAAAGAUAUUCCUUAUCCUAAAUUCAUUAGUUAUAUAGCCUUAUUUAUUGGAUUAAUAUCAUUUAUAUUUAUUAUAAUUAUUAUGUCAUUUACAUUCCAAGAUACUAUUGAUGGAGUUGACCAUCCUACAAUGUUAUAUUAUGAAAGAAUUACACAUUGCUGUCAUAAAAAUGAAUCAAAAGAAGAAUGUGGAUGUCUUCAAAAAGAGUGUAAUCUAUGUGAAGAUCAUCUAAUGAAGGUAUUAAAUGGUUGGUAUUAUUCAUCAAUUGUAUUAAUCAUUCUAACAUCAUUAGUACUUGUCUUCUCAGCACUAAUUCAUCACCUCAUUGAUAUUCAACUUCUUUACAGAAAUAUUUAUAAGAACUUCCUAUCAAAUGGUAGAUUUAGUUACACUCAAAUUCAUUUUGAAGAAGGAAGCUUAAUUACAUGGGUCUGUGUGUUUGCUGUAUUUGCAACAAUUGGUGUAUUUCUCUUGACUGUUGAAUGUACAUAUUCCUUUAUUAAACAUCGUCGUCAUUCAAACACUCAAAAACAAUAUGAAUCAUUACAACAAGUAACAAACUAA